AUGUCGCGAAGGCCUUCCGUCGAGACGGGCGUGAGGAGCAACGGCAGCGGCAGCGGCAGCGGCGGGGGAAGAGCAGCAGAAAACGGCGAGCGCACGCCGCUGCUCUUCGACGACGAGGCCGCCGACCAUGACCUCGACCAAGACGACCGAGCCUCGCUCCUGUCGUCCGGAGGACGAGACCCGCAGAAGCGACGCCCCUCCCUCCCCGCCCUCAAGAAGCUCGACCCCUACCCGGGGGACGGGCUCGGGGCGAGGACGGCGAACGCGAUGGUGAGAGCAAGGGAUCAGCUCGUGGAGACGCUCUGCUGCUCCCCGGUGCAGAGAUGGAUUGACCGCCACAGGAACAGAGAUGAGGAGCUGAACAUCUACAGCCUGGCGUCGCUGGCAAUCGUCAUGUCGUACUUCUCUAUCGGGGUGGCUCUGGAGCUGCUGUACACGCCCAUCGCCUACUACCUCAUCGACGACUUGGGGGCGGAGAGCGGGGUGUAUACCGUGUGGGUUAUCCUGGUGACCCUGCCCUGGAGUUUCAAGGCGGCCUACGGGUUCCUCUCGGACUGCGUGCCCAUCCGCGGCCUGAAGCGCAAGCCGUACAUGCUCAUCGGGUGGGGUGUCCACAUCUUGAGCAACUCCGCCCUGGCCAUCAUGGGCACCCCAGGGGAAGACGCGGUCGUGAUCCUCUCCUUCCUGUCGGCGUGUGGCUACCUCCUGAGCGACGUCAUGACGGACGCGAUCGUCGUGGAAAAAACCCAGCGAGAGUCCAUGUCUAACAUGGGAAACAUCCAAGCGAGCGGUUACAUAGCUCGGUAUUUCGGAUCGGCCAUCGGGGCGGUGGGAGGCGCGGUCCUCUACAACAAGGACACGUGGGGAUGGGGGCUGACCAUCUCCGAGCUCUUCUGGAUCAACGCUUUGGUGCCUCUGGUUCUGGUCAUGCCGCUGAUGCCCUUCCUUCUCGAGGACAAGAAGCCUAGGGAGAAGGGCGUCUUGAAGCGACACAGCGACGAGCUGUGGACCCUGGUUCAGAAGACCGCGGUGUGGAGACCGAUGAUCUUCGUUUACCUCUACAACGCCCUCAUGCUUCCGAACGGUGCUUGGACCAACUACCUCGUUGAGACGUUGGACUUUUCGGACUGGGACAUCGGCGUGGUUAACAUCUGUUCCCAGAUCUGUGCGUGGCUGGGACUUGUAAUUUACAAGAAGUGGAUGGGCGAUGUCAGCUGGCCAAGUCUCUACUGGUACACUACCUUCCUGACCUUCGUUGUCACUAUCGCGCAGCUGCUGUUAAUCCUAGGUAUUAGUGCUUCUUGGGGCAUCCCGGACCUCCUCUUCGCGAGCGGGGACGAGGCGCUUAGCGAGGUCAUCCUUGCCCUUCAGUUCCUGCCGCUGACAAGAAUGUACGCCGUGAUGUGCCCUACGGGUAGCGAGGGCACGAGCUACGCGCUGCUGACCACCGUGUCCAACGUGGCUUACGCCGUUGCCUACGCCAUCGGCGACCUUCUCACCGACCUGGGGGGCUCGUGGAGCACGAGCAACGCGACUUUGUUAGCCGGUGAUAUGUCGGGGAUGUGGAGAUUAACCCUGCUCACGAGCUGUGUUGCGGUGACGCCCAUGUUCUUGGUGUGGCUAUUGCCGCGCAACAAGAAGGAGCAGCAGGAGCUGCAGAAGUCGUCCGCGAACAACCGGCUAGGGGGACAGAUCUUCCUGGUGGUGGUGGGGCUGUCCAUCCUUUUCACCAUCAUUGAGGCUAUCGUGGAGUUGAUAGAAGCCUGAUGAUGAUGAUGAUGAUGAUGAUGAUGAUUCUAUGGUUUUCACGAUUUUGAACCGAUCUUUUCUUCUUGCGUGCUGCUCUAGAGCAGCAGAAUUCAUGUUGCGCUUGGAUGUGAAUGGAUAUCAAUCACCCGAGAAACGGCUGGUGCCAGCCGUGAUGAUGGUGGGGGAUUGUUUUUUGUAAUAGUUGGGAGCGCCGUUUGGGGGGGGGGGGGGGUAAGACCCGUGUGCAUGUGUGUGAUGUCAUCUGGUCGUGUGUAGGGCGAGUGUCCUUGAGAGCGUUGGCACCGGUGUGCCGUGAGUCGCUCGUCGGGAUAACCGGUGUCGGUUCAGAUUGUGUUGCACCAAUGAAGCACCUCAAACCGCCCCUUGUUUCGACGAAUAAUUUAAUGUAAAUCUUGGCGCUGAAGUGUGUGGUUCGUCGGGAGAACCGGUGUCGGUUCAGAUUGUGUUUGCGGACCAAUGAAGCAUCUGAAACCGCCCCGUGUUUCGACGAACAAUUAAAUGUAAUCUUGGCGCUGAAGUGCGUGGUUCGUUCGCUAACCUUACCCUUGUUUCCGCUCGCCCGGUAGUGUUGGUUGGUGGUUGUCCGUGCCUGAUUUUGCUGUUUUGAUGGGUUAUUUCUUGCGUGUUGUUUUGUGGUUGCUUUGAUUUUUUUCUUGCUCAGGACCGCUCGGAAAGUUCAGCCCGGCAACAUUCCAUAUGCAUUCCACACCACUCUCAUUUUAGGUACUUUGUGAGAGUGUGUGCCACGCAGAGAGUACGUUUCUCUCUCUCUUAAGUGUAGUUCGAGAUUUCAUCACCAAAGAGCCAAACGAGGGGGUAGCAUUCUGAUUAGUUAGCUGGCUGGCUGGCUUUGGGGCCAUCCUGGGGUGACUGCAGACUGCUGUAUAUCUAUCAGAGAGCAUGGGGAGGAGGGGGGGGGGGCAGUGGAGUCGGUUUGCGGAGCCCCCGCUUACAGUAACUUCUGGUGGUGAGAUCGCGUGACAGAUCAGAUGGAAUUGUCGGGUUGAUUCCUUUCCUGGAUAGUGCUCUUGUACCCGAUUGUGUUCCGGCCUCUCGUGCCCCCCAAGGAAAACAAUGGGGGACGAGAGUUAGUUAGCUUCGCAGCGACCGUCCACGUGGGGACGGCGGUGGUGUGGAAAAUGACCACAAUGUCUUGGUCGUCGUCAAGGCCGGCCUCCCCGGCGUGAUAACAGUUAGUUGUGACCUCGCAAACCUACCAAGUAGUAGGGGUUGGAGAUUCGAUCAUUACUGUCUGAAUUGAAGGCGAAGUUUCUGUUCAGUUUGCGAGGGAAACGAAUAAUUCACGAGGUGUGCACUGG